AUUACAAAACUCAAUUGCAAGUACAAAAAGCCUUUUGCUCUUAACUCUUAAGAAUACAGAGUUCAUACUGCAACCCACCAUUAAACGUUUACCUUUGUACACAGCUUUCUCCAUAUGUUUAUGUCAAAACUAAAUUCCGGAGUCACACACCCGAAGAGAGAGAAAGCGUUAGAAGACCAAGAGACCCAUCUUCAAGCUUCGGACCAAACCCAGACAGAUCACGCCGCCCCGCCCCCAUCCACGUGCCGAUUAUAUAUCCUUUCUGGAAGCGCCUCAAGCUAUCCCUUUAAUUUGGGGGUUUUCCCGGCAUUUCAAGCAUCACGAGCCUAUGCUCGAGGUGGGCGCAAACAUUAUGAUCUUUUUGGCAAUGGAAAGCUGGGUGAUGAAGAUUUCAGAAAAACAUGGAAGAAAGAGAUGGAUGAAGAUACUUCUCUGUGGACAGGGAGUGAAGAUGAAAGAGAUGAUGAAAAAGAUCCUAAAAGUCGUCUUGAAGAAGAAAUUCGGAGAGUGAGACAGCAGGCAAAGGAACAUUCUGACCUAAUUGAUGCCGAUGACAGUGAUGAAUUGAGAAGUAUAUGGUCUGGAAGUGAUGAGGAGAAGACGUUGUGGACUGGUAGUGAGGGUGAUGACGACGACGAUAUUCCUACAGAAGCCUACCCAAAUGAAAGUAGUGAUAAGUACAUAGACAAAUUGUUUGAGUUUGAGGAAAUGCCUAAAUAUCGAACAAUCUCUGAAUUAUUGAAAGCUGAAAAUGAACCAGAAGAAUUGUCCCCAGGAAAGCAAGCUAGGAAAAUUGCAGUUGAAAAUGCCUUGAAAAAAUUGAAGAAAGGUCCAGAUGGGCGUUACUCCAAUGUGUGGGAGGUCAUGAGUGAUAUGGAUAUUCUAGUUGGAGCAUUUGAAAGGGUUGUUUCUGGACCAGAGUACACGGAGCUUAGACAGGGAGGGCCUAAGAAAUUAAAUAUGCAGUUCUUUAAGGAUAUACAAGCUCGUAUGAGAGAUCAAAAUUACAAGUUCUCACCUGAGUUAAAGCUGAAGCCGAAGAGCAAAUUAGUUUCAAGAAAGAAGUGGCAGAAAGCACAGUCUAGAAGGAGGAAAGCACAAAAGCGUUAAGUUGUAAUUGUUUCCUUUCGGCACUAAUGUGAGUUAAAUGUAUUAUAUAUCCCUGCAACUUGUGCUUUUCAAAUGUUCAAAUCUGUAAUCAUAGGUACUUUAUUUUU